UGCUCAGUCAUUAGCAAAUGCCUCCGCGGCGGCGGCUGUCACAGUAACAGCAGCAGGAGGACGUGCCGCCCGCCCAGCGCUUCUGGGUGGCUCAGAUCUGCUCUGUGGAGGCCCGCGGGCGGAGAGGCAGAUGCUGCUAGCCCUGGUCCCAGCCAAAACUGGGCGCUGGGUGACCUUUGGCCGUUUCCAAAUACCAGACGUAUCCUCGAAGGAUGAAAACAUGCCUUCACAGAGGUUGAUCGGAAGGUUCUCUCACAACCUUGGGCAGGCUGCCGAGAAGAAUCUGAAGGAUGACUGAGCUGUGGUGGGCGGAGGAAGGAGCCCACAGCUCCCUGACGUGACUGCACGGCUGGCCAGCCAGCAUUUGGAUGUCCAGGGCCCUGCCCUCCUGCUCGGCCAUGUCUGAGGGCGAGAGCAAGGACAGCUCGGGCAGUGAGUGCCCCGUGUGCUACGAGAAGUUCCGAGAGCUGCAGGGCGCCAGCCGGACGCUGAGCUGCGGCCACGUGUUCUGCCAUGACUGCCUGGUCAAGUACCUCCUAUCCACGCGUGUGGACGGCCAAGUCCAGAGGACCAUCGUCUGCCCCGUGUGCCGCUACGUCACCUUCCUCAGCAGAAAGAGCUCCCGCUGGCCCGCCAAGCUGGACAAGAGCUCCCAGAUCCUGGCUGUGCCUGUGGGCCUGCCCCCCACACCACUGCCAGACGCCCUGGGCCACACCAACCCCCUGGACCUCUCCCAGCCCAUCUGGAGAUCGUCCCCGGGCCAGGGCGGCCAGCUGCCCUUGGACCCGCCGCCCAGCCUGCCCCGGGAGCCACAGAUCUUCAUCAUCAGCCGCCAUGGGAUGCCCCUCGGGGAGCAGGACAGCGUCCUGCCGCGGCGCAGUCUGGCAGAGCUCUCCGGGGCCUCCCCGGCGCCCAGCUCCACCCGGUCCUUCUGCUGCCGCUCCCGGGCCCUGCUGCUCAUCACCCUCAUCGCCGUGGUGGCUGUGGUGGCCGCCAUCCUCCCCUGGGUGCUGCUGGUGAGAAAGCAGGCGUGAGCGGGGGCACCAGUCGGAGAGCCCCGCUGGAAGCUGCCCGCUCGCACAGCCAGGCUGGCCGUGGCCUGGGAGGAGCCCCAGUGCGGCCCUGGGCCAGCCGAGCCUCAGGGGCAGCCCGGGGCAGAGAUGGGGUGUUAGGGUGCUAACUGGCGUCACCCGGCUCUUCGCUCCCAGCAGGGAUCAGAAAGGACCAGGAGGCAGGACCUCUGAGGCAAGAGCUUGGGUGGGGCAGGGGAACUCUAAGCUGAGAAGGAAACUCCAGGUUCCAGGCCAGGGAGGAAGUGUGAUGGACGCCCCUCCUCAGAAACCACAGCGGGGGUACACCUCAGCAAAUACGCGUCCCUCCUCUAGGCUAGAACCCAGCGAGGCUGGGGGUGGGGUGGGUAGCUGCCUCACCUGUGGGUGUCCCCAUCUGCCAGGUGACCUACCCAAGGCCAGGUGGGACUCCGACUGGGGGCACCUCCUGCUGGAGGGGGCCCACGAGUGAGACCCCUCCAGGUCAGAACUGUGGGCCAGGGUCCCCGGCAUGCUCCCAGGAGCAGGCAGAAGGGAUGGGGUGGCACAGGGACCAAGGCACGUGUAUUCCCCAGAAUCUCAGCACCAUCCCCCCCCCGCCCCGUCCCUGACCCCCACAGUUGGGUGCGCGCCUUCCUACCCCUGGAACCACCAGUCUGGAAGGUCUUCCCUAAGGGAGAGGCUGAGCUCCGGGGCUGAGGCCCAGAAUGCCUGGGAGAAGGGACAGGUAAGGGGAGCUGAGGCCACGUCGGGAAUCAGGGUGACAGAGGUGGAGGCCAGCGGAAUGGCCCACAGACAGAGCUAGAGGGCUCGCCAAGCCCCCCAGCCCAACAAUGGCCCAGAUUUUGAGUCCUGGGGUUUUCAAGGAUGGCCUUCCAGGUGGGCAGUACCUGGUGGCUGGGACCUGAGUCAACUGAGAACUAUGUGGGCACAUGAGCCCCUGGGGGCUCCCACCUCCCGCCCAGCCUGUGACCAACCACUCAUUAGAGGCCACACCAGCCAGGCCAGUUCCUGGGGUGGAUUCCCAGGCUGGGCUGGGUGAGGAAGGGUGGGGAGGAAAACAGCUGUGCUUGGCAGGGAAGCUUCUAUCUCAGUGAACACAGAACCCAGCUGCUAUCAGCCGCUGGCCAAGGUCACGUCACCUGGGCACCCCACCUGAGCUGGGGUUCCUUGAGGAGGACACUAGAAAAGGCUCAGGUUGGGCCUUAUCUGGGGAGUGAGCCAUUUGGGAACAGCUAUUUCCUGUUUAUUGAGGCCCACAAGUCAAUGGGCCAUCAUCUUAAUUUUAGGGUUAAAAACAGCAAAAACCUCAAGCUCUCUUGAAUGGGUGGUUUCUCGCAGCCCAGCUGUUCCAGCAGCCAUGCCCUCCACAACACACGCCUCUCUCGGCGGAGCUGCUACACGUGGGGAAAGACAUAGAGCACUGCCUCUUGUUGCUGUUUGGUGGCUCAGUCAUGUCCAACUCUUUUGCAACCCCCAUGGACUGUAGCCCACCAGUCUCCUCUGUCCGUGGGAUUCUCCAAGCAAGAAUAUUGGAGUGGGUUGCCAUUUGCUUCUCCAGGGAGUCUUCCUGACCCAGGGAUCGAACCUGAAUCUAGUGUUGGCAGGAAGACUCUUUACCACUGAGCCAUCUGGGAAGCCCACCCCGCCGCUCACCUAGUUCCUAAAAGCCCGUCUGUAAUGUGGUCAUUUGGGGACCAUUAGGGGAGGGGGUCCACACUGCAGGAGGUGUCAGGGCACAGGGAGAGUUGAUCUAAAGCACCUCUGGGCUUCCUUCUGGUAUUUUCAAGUCAAGAGAACACAGGUGCUACUGGGCGAAGUACAGGUGAAUUCAUGGGGAAAAUAUUUAUUACAGGAAAUAAAAUGUUAAAUUUACAAAGACUCUAGUGAAUCCGUUUUAAUCACAGCCAGGCUGCUUUUAACAGUGUCAUGAAUUUCUGGGG